AUGUCUCGGGGGAUUGGGUUGACCCAUUGCUUCCCUGGCUCCACUCGCUGCCUGCCCCCCUCGCUGCGCUGCAACGGAGCCCGGGACUGCCCCGACGGCUCGGACGAGGCAGGUUGCCCCGACACGGCCUGCGGGAAACACCUGGGGAACUUCUACGGAGCUUUCGCCUCCCCAGACUUCUUCCGUCCCAACCGCAGCGCCGUGGGGGGGCUGAGAUGCUCCUGGCUACUGGACACUCAGGACCCUAAGCCCAUCGUGUUGCAGCUGGACCUGGGGUUAGGGCCAGGGGACUCCCUCCAUGUCUAUGAUGGGCUGGUCCAGAGAGCAGAGCGCCUCCUGCAGGCCCUGUCGCAUCAUAACAACAGGAGACCAGCCCUGUUAGAAUCCAGUAGAGGACAGAUGAGUCUACAGUACCUGGCCCAACCACUCAGCCCUGGGCAUGGGUUCAACGCUACAUACCAG